CUCUCUUGUCUCUUUCCUGCACUAGAAGCCAUGGCUGCUGCAAAUCCAGCAAAGACUCUCCAGGAUGAACUGACCUGUCCCAUCUGUCUGGAGUAUUUUCAAGAUCCAGUAUCUCUAGACUGUGAUCACAAUUUCUGCAGAGCUUGCAUCACCCAGUGCUGGGAGAGCUUGGAUACAGAUGUCUCCUGCCCUCAGUGCAGAGGUGUCUUUCCUCAGAGGAAUCUCAAACAUAACAAGAAGCUCAGGAAUGUUGCAGAAGCAGUCAGAGAAUUGAGGUUGCAGUCAGUGAAGGAACCAGAAGCAGAGACAUUGUGUGAGAAACACAAGGAGCCUCUGAAACUAUUCUGCAAAAAGGAUAAAAUCCUCAUCUGUGUCGUGUGUGACAAAUCCAAGGAGCACAGAGAUCACUCUGUGAUUUCUGCAGAGGAGGUUGCUGCUGAAGAAUUCAAGGAAAAGAUCCAGGCCCAUUUGCAGACUCUGAGGGAAGAGAGAGAAAAAUUCCUGGGAUUUAAAGUGACUGGAGAGAAGAGGAGCCAGGAGUAUCUGAAACAGACACAAGCCGAGAGGCAGAAGAUUGUAUAUCAAUUUCAGCAACUGCAGCAGUUCCUGGAGGAACAAGAGCAACUCCUGCUGACCCAGCUGGAACAGUUGGACAAGGAGAUUGUGAACAUACAGAAUGAAUAUUUCACUAAACUUUUUGAGAAGAUUUCCCAUCUCAGUGAGCUGAUCAGUGAGAUGGAGGGGAAGUGUCAGGAGUCAGCGAGUGAAUUCCUGCAGAAUGUGAAUUUUUUUCUGUCCAGGUGUGAGAAGGGGAAGCUCCAGAAGUCAGUGGAGAUUUCUCCUGAACUGGAAAAGAAGCUCAGCAAUUUCUCCCAGAAAUAUAUUGCUCUUAGGGAGACUCUGAGGAUGUUCAAAGCCACUCUGCCAUCUGAACUGGAGACAAAAAGAGAGAAAUCCCUAGGAUCACGCAGACUGGCGAAUGUGACUCUGGAUCCAGACACAGCUCAUCCCCGACUCGUCCUGUCUGAGGAUCAGAAAAGUGUGAGCUAUAGUUACACACGGCAGGAUCUGCCCAACAAUCCUGAGAGAUUUGAUACUAGAGUCUGUGUGCUGGGCUGUGAGGGAUUCACAUCGGGGAGACAUUACUGGGAGGUGGAGGUGAAGGAUGAGGGAACCUGGGCUGUGGGGGUGGCCAGAGAGUCUGUGUGGAGGAAGGGAGGGAGAACCCGUAACCCUGAGGACAGAAUCUGGGCUGUGGAGCGGUGUAUGAAUAUGUUCUCGGCUGUCUCCUCCUCUGAGACCCCUCUGACCCUGAGCUGUGAUCUCAGGUUUAUCCGGGUUUCUGUGGACUAUGAACAGGGGCAGGUGAUAUUUGCCAAUGCUGAUAAUGAUGGCCCAAUCUUCACUUUCCCAACAGCCUCUUUCAAUGGGGAGAGAAUCUAUCCCUGGUUCCGGGUGGGGCAUGCAUCCCAGUUCAGCCUGUGUCACUGA